GUUUAGGCAUUCCACAAGGCGAUUCGUUUGGUUGAAAAUCGGCAUUCCCGUCGAAUGGCGGGGGACUCAGCGACGGCACCAGCGUCGACGAUGCGUCUGGAAAUCCCGAAAGGACAUGCGUCGAACAUCAGCAUUGAGAUGCCGAUGCUGUUCAAGGAUGGCGCGGACAUGGCGUCGUACUUUGGUGGCACGACCAAUCUACAGACGAUCCAGCACACCAAGACGCCGUUCUUGCCCGUCAAGUUGCGUCCACGGGAACCAAACGCCAAGCCGAUCUUUGCAGACCGAGCCAAGACGCAAACAUUUCUCCUCCACGUGACCAAGAAGAAGCGUUCCCAUGGCGAGCUCUCAGGAAAGAUCGCGACGGUCACCCAUGAGAAGUUCGUGUGCGAAGGCAUGGUGGACUACCAGUAUUUGGCGGCGAAUCAGUACACAGAGCGCGCCAACGACCCCCUUGACGUCCGUCUGCGCACGUACCUUGAAGCCAGCACCCAGGAUGACCUCGAGCUCAUUCCGGAAGUGUUUUCGCGCGUGGACCUGCCGUUGAAGUACGAGUUCAAACAGCGCCCCAUGUACAACGAAACGCAGACGCCGUCAAGCGACUUGAAGCAAGUGCCUCGGCAUUUCUUCACUUAUGCGAACUUUCGGUCCAACUCGCCCGUGCCGCAAGAGGUCCAGCGCCUGCCCAAGACACGAGGCAUUCCGCUGCACAUGGAGGAACAUGUGAUGGGCCUGCUCAAGGAAAAACUAGCCGAGCGACCGAUUUGGAUGCGACCCAAGUUGUUUGCGUUUUUCACAACCGAAGAAUGCCGCGUGGCGAUGAAGUUCCUGCCUUACUUGUGCUACAUUUUCGUCAAUGGGCCAUGGCGAGGCAUGUGGGUCCGCCUCGGGUACGAUCCCCGCACGACGCCUGACGCCGCGCCCUACCAGUUGGUGGAAAUCCGAGGUACGCGGCGCCUCGUGAGCGAAACUGUGACACCGUUGGUGCUGUUGCCGAAAACCAAGAAGAAAUCACACCGUCGCAUGCCGUACCGGUCGCGGCUCAACACGGUGUUCCAGGUCAACGACGUCGAGGACAAGGUGGCGAUGCACCUAAAGAAGAAGAAGGCGCACAACCGAUCGCUAGCUACCGUCAAGGCAACCACGGGGGACGACGACCGACGCAACGCGGCGCUUGUCAUCUACGGCGUGCCCCUGCGAGAAGGCUUCUUUUACGUGCAAUUGUGCGACCUCGUCGACCAAAACCCAGCGGUCAAAGCGUUUGUGGCACCGUUUCAAAAGCGGUUGCGGUCGUCGGCAAGUGUGUGGGGCGGAUGGUUCCCCAUGUGCAUGUUUCCUCCGAUCCGAGAAAUGCUCAAGUUGCACAUUGUCACCACAGUUGGUCGGCCGGCUGAAGAAAUCAACGUGCGCCAAGCCCAGAUUGACCGCGCCGUGCGGAAUGCCAUGGAGGAACUGGAAGGUCGAGGUGGAGUGGACAGCGAGGAAGACAAACCGUCGACCAAAGACGAAGAGAGCAAGGAGGCAGACGACGAUGACGUGGCAGCCGCAGACAACGAGUCUGUCGACGACGAAGAAGAGGAUGACGACGCUGCGUCAGACGACGGGGAAGCAGACGACGGGGAAGCAGACGACGACGACGGGCCGUUUAUCGAGUCGGUGAUGAUCUGACAGCGUCACGUCAUGAGUUGGAUAUGUACCACCACUAAUAAUAUUCCUCAUACAUAUAUUAGACACACACA